ACUAUCUGUAAAAAGAGAGAUGGAGCCUGUUUCCUUCCACCGUUAUAUAAGUGACCUGAAUCUCCAUUCCCUCCCUCGAGUAGUGAAGGUCUCUUCGGGAGUCUACUUCCAAGGCUCUGUUUAUGAACUUUCAGGCAAUGAGUGUUGCCUGUCAACAGGAGAUCUGAUGAAAAUUAUAGAUGUUCAGCUUCAGGAGGUCAUCUGUGAGAAUGCGAAAAGUGGACAUGCUUUUGUGCUUCCACCAGAUUUUAAAGGUUAUUUUCAACCCAGCUCUGAGUCACCGCAUCAAAGGAAACCUUCCAUUCUAACUUCCCCCUUCAGUAAGGGCAAAGUUUUAGGUUCUCAAGAGAAAAAAAACUUCACACUUUGGGAUGUUUUGCAAUCUUCAACCAUGAGGCACAAAAGGUUAAAAUGUGAUGAAAUCAGCAAGGAUGACUUUCAGCUUUAUCCUGUCUAUAAAGUCAAAGUAAUAAUGCACUUUCGAAAGGAUGUAGUGACAAUUGACUCAGCCCUGGAUAUUGAGGUAAUGGAUGUGACUGAAGAGUUUCAGCACAUUCAAUUUAUCAAGCCAUUGAUGCUGAGUGAAGUCUUAGCGAUGAAUGGGGUGCUGCCCGUGGAGGCUGAGAUCCUUGGGGAGCCAGAAAACCCAUCUGUCUUCCAGAGCAAAUGGAUCCCCCACCUUCACAAGGGCCAGAGGUUACACAUCCAUAGCAAGGCAUCAUCAUGGAAGAUACUGGCUUCUGCUCCCAAAGGCAAGACCCAGACCUGCUAUUUCCUCAUCUCCAGCAACUAUGAAGGUUGUUUCCGAAGAUGCCCACGCAGAUUCAGCACCACUUCAGAGUUAGCCCUCAGCUUGGCCACAACCAAGCAAAUGCAUGUAGUGGUCACCAAAGACCAUGAGAGCACUGAAGGGGAAUUUCCCUUGUUCAGUGUAGGUGACCGGCUAGAGGUGUUGAGGCUGGUGAAGGCUAGUGAUCUUUCAGCAGUUGACCUGCUUGUCUGUGAUAGAGACAAUGGAGAUGAGGACAAAGAACAGAUACAGAUUCCCCUAUUCUUGGAAGCUGGCUUUGUGGAGGACAUCCGUGACAGCAGGAAAUAUACCCUCAGUGAAGUAGUGGAAUACCUACAUUUGCCUUGUGAAGUGAAAGUGAUAGCCAGUGAUCACAAUACAUAUCCUCUAGGCUGUGUCUCCUUCCUGACUUUGGAGGCCCAGAUCACAGAACCUUUUCUCACAGUCAGUCUGGCUGAGAAUCCAAACCUCACAUUUGAGCUUCCUCCUGAAUGGCUAGACAUCCCCCUCUUCUUCACUGAAGGCUCAGCAAAGCCCACACCUCUCACCAGGCCACCCACUGUUGAAGAGCUGUCUGAGGCAUUUUAUUACCAGUUGUUAAAGAAACUGCCUAGCAAUGUGCCAGCACCCCCAAGACCCCCAAAGAAGAAAAAUUCUACACACAACUCUCUCCAGAGGCCUAACAAAGGGCAGAAAGCAGCAGAAUCUUCCAAGCACUACCUGCCUUCUAGCAAGGUCAGUAGCGUGUCUCCACAAUCUGCAGAGCUUUUCUUCCCUCGGUCUAAACAAAAAAGCGCAGAUCAUGAUACCUGGAACAAUUCAAACCCGUAUACCAUAGAAUAUGGACAUCAGAGAUUUCAGGAAGUCACAAAAAAUCCUUCCAAGAACACCACAGGAACAGCCUUCUGUGACAAUUCCGACCAUGACUAUGAAGAAAUAAAUGAAGAAAUGAAUGUAACAAUCCACAAAAUGCAAAAUGCAACUAUUUAAUACCAAGAAGCAUCUACAGAACAAUAGCCUUAAUCUUUUCUUCUCAUUUUCCCCCAUUGUUUUUAACCAGCAGCUGACAGCCUUCUUUUCAAGUUGUGAAACACUGGACUGUGGGGGUGUAAUUAGCGCUCUGAUGUUCCAAACUAGCAUAUUCAGAGAAUACAACAUAUGAAAAGGAAAUGAACAUUACAAAGCAAAUUUUUUGCUUGACAGUGAGGCUUGAUCUAAAGAAACUUUAUUUUAAGUAACAAUCAUUAGCAGUGCAAUAAAUCAAAGUUAGAGAAGUUUCACUGUCCACCAAACUUUUGACAGCAAGAACUGCCAUCCUUCCCAUCUACAACAAUUAGGAGGACCUAAACUUCAAUGAGAAGUAGUCACACAGAACAUGUGUCUCAAAAGGCAAAAUCAUGAGAAAGUCAGUUAACUCUUUGUCACUGAAUCCCUGGGAUAUAUCCUGCCCAGGAGUUAAAAAGAUGGCAUUUUGGUUUUGCAAUUCCAACUAAGCUUUUACAUAUUCUAAUUACACAAGGAUAUUUUCAGAACAGGAAGAUUUUAUUACAUUUUUACAUGUAUUAGAUGUCAGCAUUGUCAUCUUAACUUUCACAAGUCUUUACAUUCUCAGUCAGAGUUUGAAUAUGUAAACUACAUUUAUGUCCCUAUACACUCUUGUAAGCGAUAUCUAUAAUUACUGUAUGAAUAAUCAAUUAGAUUCUAGGGUAUGUGUUAACUCUAUUUCUGAAUUUAAAAUAAAAUUGUUAAACUAAGGAUAAAUCUUAGCCUACUGCUUAUCUUUUGAAAGAAUCCCAAAAUUAAGAAUUACAUACUUUUUAGAAUUGUACACAGGAUUUCUGAAUUAGGCAAAAGCUAAUAUUGUACAAAGCUGAUAAUGUAAUUGUACAAUGUUAUGGGGCCUUCAGGUGUACAAAACUACAUAGUAUAAUAAUUAGCCAGAAGAAAACAGAAGCUGGAUCAAAGUUAAAACAUCUUGACAUUCCAGAAUUUUUGUGAAAUGCAAAGUAUCUUAGAUUGAAAAUCUAGCUGUAAAUAAACUACUGCUAUAUUAGUAAAAAAAAAAAAUUAAGGAUGAUUCCAUUUACAGAAAAAGGCAGAGAAACCUGAAAGACAAAUUUAAACCAUGGAAAAGAAACAGAGCUGGAUGGAGGCAUCUGCUCAAGGCAUGCCCCAUUCAAUCUAUGUGUUACCAUCAAGAGUACUUCAAGACCUAAAUCAGGCAAAACAGUCUUGGAUCCAAUAAAACUUUGGAUUCAGAUUAUUAUAAAUCAACCAGA